AUGCGGCUGCGGCAGGAAGUGUGGCGGCUGCGGGAAGUGGGGAACCCGCUGCAGCUGCCGCAACCACAUCUGGGGGCCCCGUUGCCUGAUCUGGCCGCCAUGGCCGUCGCCGGCUUCGCCGCCAUCCCGCCAUCCGCAGCCGUGCAGAACUUCCCGGAGGGAGCUGCCUAUGGAAUGCCGGAGCAGGAUAUGCCGGCCAUGCCGAAGCAAACGUGCAGAGCCUAA